AUGCAGCACAAUCACCAUGGGCGCAGCGCGGCGGGGCGGGACGGCUGUGAGGGGACGGUCCCAACCACCCCCCCGCCCGCCCCCUCCCCGGGCACGGCGGACCCCACCCCCGCGGGCUCGCGCCCGCUCAGCCCGACAUCUCACCCGCCCCGGGCACCGCCGAGCCUGAGGGGACCCGCGGGGCGCCCACCCCCACCCCCUCCGGCACCGGGCCUGGGAAGGAGGGCGCGGGGCGACGAAGGCUCCGGGGAGACGCGCCCCUUCCUCCCCGCCGGCGGCGCGGUCCUAGAGGGAAGCGAGCGACGCGACGCGACGCUGUGCUCGUCCCCCCCACCACCACCCCGCCUUCCCCCUCCUCGGUGUCCCUCCUCCCCGCGGCUGAGGCGAGGAGGCCGCGGCUGUUCCCUGCACCGAGCCCCCCGCCCGCCGCCGCCGCCCGCGCUCGCUCCCGCCGCCUCACAGCGAAGCGGCGGCGGUGCCGUAACGGCCGGGCCGGGCUUGGCACGCGCGCGGCGGGCGCGGGGGAGCGCGAGGGCGGCGGCGCCGGGAUGCCUCGGACCGGACCGAGCCGAACCGGACUGGACGGGCCCGAACCGGCUCGGCGCGAACCGGCUCGGACCGAACCGGGUCGGACCGAACCGGAUCGACCCGAACCGACCUGAACUCGUGAGCGGCGGCAGCACCGCUGAGGUGGCUGAGGCCACUCCUGUGUAA